UUUUGUAGGCUAGUAGUCGGAAGGCCGACGUGCUGGUUCGCUUGACGUUACAACACUUCCAAACCUUUAUAAGGAUUAUACGACUCUCAAUACAUACAUUUAGCGUAAAUAUUUCCAUAACAGACAAGACAUCUUCUCCUUGAAUAGGAAAGAGUGAAAAGAUGCCCUCUGCGAUGAAUGGCGAUAGCUCGGUACACUCCACCAGUCCUGAGCUGGGCUCUGCCCCCGUGGCCUCGGCCGCCGGCGGAUCACAAACGGAGGCACUGAAGCAGGUCCUUACGGUGAUCGAGAAGAAGGUUCGCAACAUGGAGAAGAAGAAGGGCAAGCUGGAUGACUACCAGAGCAAGAAGAACAGAGGGGAGAACCUCAACACUGAUCAGCUGGAGGCCCUGGCUAAAGCCCAGGAGGUCACCCAUAAUCUGGAUUUUGCUCGGGAGCUACAGAAGAACUUUUUGGCUCUGGGGAUUGAUCUCCAGAAGGCGGAGCGCAAGGCGUGCCGGCGGGACCAGCUGCGGCGGGAGGAGCAGGAGCGGCGGCGGCUGCAGCGUCUGCUGGAGGUGCAGCUGCUGCUGGACCAGCUGGGGGAGGAGGCGGUGCGGGAGGAGCUGCGGCGGGGCGACGGGGACGCGGACCACCCCGUGCUCACCAACGCCCAGCUCGGCGCCCUCGACAACUUCUACAAGCUCGUCAACCCCGAGAGGGACGCCAGCGGCAGGUUGGCGGAGCAGUUUGAGGAGGCAUCAGUGCACAUGUGGGAGUUGCUGGAGGGCAAAGACAAGCCUGUUGCAGGGACCACUUAUAAAGCCCUGAAGGAGACGGUGGAUCGGGUGCUUCAAAGCGGUUACUUCCAGCGCGCACACACACAUCAGAACGGAGUGUGUGAGGAGGAGCUGUCCUCGGCAGCGGCGGCAGCCGUGGCCCCGUCGGAGUCAUCGGAGGCCGACGAGGAGCCGGAACCAGCAGUGGCAGAGGGAACACCUGAACCGGACUACACAGAGGUUGUCGUGGACACAAAAGAGUUCAUAAACAUGGAGCUCGUACCACAGGAUUCCCACAGCAGCACACAGGAAGAACCAGCGUCAGAGUGGAAUCAGGAGGCAGAGGUGUCGUUGCAUACGCAGCAGCAGCCGCAGCCGCCCCCCUCUGAAGCUCCUCCUCCUUCAGCUGGACCUGCCCCUCCAGUUGCCAAGGCAGCUGAUCCAGUGGUGCGCAAACAGGUGGUGCAGGACCUGAUGGCCCAGAUGCAAGGGACAUACAACUUCAUGCAGGAGUCUGUGCUGGAGUAUGACGGGCCAGCCAUGGAUCCAGCCAUAGUGUCCGUGCAGUCCAUGAGUCCCGCCCAUAACCUAGAGAGGACGCAGAUGGUUCACUCAGAAGCCCAGCUGCUCUCUCAGACCAGCGCUGUCCCACCACAGCCAGAGGUGUCUCUCCUCUCCUCCCCUCCUGAGGAUUUCUCCUCUGCUGCUCCUCUCUAUCCAACCCCCCACACCUCAGACCCUCUGCAGGCCUCGCUGUCCCUGUCGUCUGAGCAGCCUGCCGUGUCCUCCCUGCCCUCGGUGUCCCAGCCUCCCCCCACAGCUCUGCACACGGGGGGCAUUAACGUCAACGCCGCUCCAUUCCAGUCCAUGACGGCGGUGUUCAACCUCAACACGCCCCCUAUGCCUUCAGCCAAUGAGGUGGAGCAGCAAAAACUCUCUAGCCAGUACCAGAGCAGCUUCAGCCCCAGCUACAGCAGUCAGCCCGCCCACUCGGAGGAGCAGACAGACAUGCAGCCAGUGGUGGGCUCCUUCCAUUCCCAGGAAGCGGCGCACCAGGCCAUGGGGCAGGGGGCGGGGUUUAACCGGGCGGGGCAGCCCUUCUACGUGGCCAGCAGGGGCGGAGUCAUGAGCCGAGGAGCACCAAGAGCACCGCGUGGAGCAGUCAACGGCUACAGAGGUGGUUAUGAUGGCUAUCGGCCUCCAUUCCCCAGUGCUGUGGGGGGCAAUUAUGGCCAGACUCAGUUUGGGAACGCCCCUCGAGAGUACAGCAACAACACCUACCAGAGGGAUGGCUAUCAGCAGCAGGGUUAUAAGCGGGGUGCAGGGCAAGGUUCUCGGGGCGUCUCUCGAGGACGUGGAGGAUCCUUCAGAUACAGCCGAGGGAUGACCGCACACCAGACCAGCUAACAAGCACUUUUAAAGGGAGCACAGCCCUUAACUGCCCCUAAAUCCCCCACCCCAGCCCCCUCCUUCAAACCCCCAUCUGACCCCUCAAACACACUUACCGCCACCCUCCAUCCCACCCAAUCCUGACUGCUCCCCUUCUUCCUCCUCGCCCCCCCACUCCCCAGGGCCAGUGCCACUGCUCCGUCUCCGAGCUAACUGAACCCACUCCGACUGCCUUGUGUUGUGUGCAUUAACGGGAAACGAUCCAAAGACUGAAGCUCCACUGUGGCUCCUCUGAACACACUGCAGAGCCCAACCGUGCAGCUGCCUUAUUGUGGUAUACUCAAGAGCACGCCGAGCGUCGCCUGCUGCGGUAUUCUUUAUUCUCGUUCAGAAAGGCAUUCUGGAAAAAAAAACGGAUGUCAUUUCCUGUUCUAAACCUCGUUCAGAAAGGCAUUGUGGGAGAGCGGAGACAUGUUUUGACUGAGCGGUUCCAGAGCAUCAGUCAGGCUCAGUCUCAUAGUACACUCACGUACAGACCGACUAGAUCUCAAUGUCCACACUCGCAGACUUUGAGGCACUUUCCUGCUAAGUUUGUGAGGGUCCCACUGUCCAAUCGUGAGGUGCAUGAGGGCUUGCUCGCAGACUUUGAACCCUUUCUGUAAGUCAGAAAAUGACCAACAAUUUAUAGCAUGGUGACGUGAGGGUUUGCCAGUAGAGGAAGUCUAGAAGUAAAAAAAAAAAAAAGGUAAAUGACUGCCAUAGGUGUUUUUGGUGUUGUCAAUUUAACAUGAUACAUCACAGGUGUUGUUCCUGUUAAUGUUAAUACCAUUUGCAGCCUCUCAAACUCAUCGCUGAUGUAAUGAAGAUUUUUGAGAGUUCAAGACCUUAGACCUUAGGGGGGAUAUUGAGAUUCAGCCUCUUCUACGGACACCACUCCUCAUUCGCCUCCUGUAAGCACAGGACGUGUCUGCAGAAGGUUGCUGGUGGUUGUCGUCUGUUUAAUCUGCCUGGCUUGACUGUUAUUUCGAGCUCUGUUGGGAUGUGUUAACUAACACGUGGCGGUUUGUGAACACAAAUGAACACACAGGGUGUCUGUCUGCCUCUGAUUGCACUGAACAGCAUCUGAGCAAAUGUGAGCACUGCACUGUCUACGCUUUACAUUAAAAAACGAUCUUGCCAUGGAUCUUUUACUUGUG